CGAUUGGUCAAAAAUGUGUUGUCUUUUACGUCUAAUCGCUAAGAGCAAGAAACAGAUAUGAAAAUGAAAAUAAGUUUCAAGUACUGAUUUUAAUAUUAAUAAUUAGCUUUUAAAAUGGCUAAAAUUUACGCUAAAAACUAUACUGGCAAUUGAUGAGUUAAGAAGAGGAUGUAAUUGUGAAGUAUUUUAAACACAAUUUAAUGCCAACGACAAUUUAAAUUAAAAGCAAAUCGAAUAAGUCAACAUCUUAGUUAUAUUUAUUUAAAUUAUUAUAAUAUUGUAAUUUGUCUUAUUUAAGAAAUGUUCUUCACUAAUAUUUCUAGAAAGGUUACUGUAAUAAGUCGGAUACAUAUAAGACAUGUCACCAACAUACCAUUGUGGAGAAACGAAGUCCUGGAAAAUGCUUUAAAAUUUAUACAGAAAAAUGUGGAGUUUGUACGGAUACACGGACCAACUGCUGACGAGGUAACAAGAGAUGUUAAUUUGACAGAUAAAACAUGUCUAAUAACUGGAGCAAACAGUGGGAUCGGUUUAGAAGUAACUAAAUGUUUGCUUGCGCGCGGCUGUAAAGUUUUGAUGGCAUGUCGAAACACUUAUGCUGCAAAUAUUGCAGUAAAAAAUAUCCCGUGCGAAAAAGCAAACCAAAUAAAUAUCCAUGAAGUCAAUCUCACUUCGCUUGCAUCUGUUAAAAACUUAUCUGACAAUCUUCAGAAAGAACACAAAAAUAUUGAUAUCGUUAUUUUGAACGCAGCUGUGUUUGGAAUUCCAUGGACCCUUACUGAAGACGGCUUAGAAACUGCUUUCCAAGUUAAUUAUCUAAGUCAAUAUUACUUAUUGAUGAAUAUUGAAAAUAUUCUUGCACCUAACGCACGUGUUGUUUUUACCUCUUCAGAAUCCCACAGAAAUAUAAAUUGGAGCACGCCAAAGAUUUUGGCGCCAAGUUUGGAACAUCUUUCGAUUCCAAAGGAAGAGUAUACAUCUAUCAGAGCGUACAACAUAUCGAAGUUAUGUUCCAUUUUGGCGAUGCACUAUUUGGGGUAUCGUUGGUUAAAUACAGAAAAAACUGUUUUUUGUGCUCACCCCGGCUCUUUUAUCAAGACGAGGUUAUGUCGCAAUUGGUGGGUUUACGAAGCACUUUACACGACAAUGUUACCAUUCUCAAAAACCAUUCGUCAAGCCGCGAGCACGAUAUUGUACUGCGCGACAUCGCCGGAGCUGAGCGGCGUGUCGGCGCAGUACUUCAAGGACUGUCAGCGCUGCGAGGAGAGCGACCUCGCCUGUGACAUGCACCUCGCCUUUAAAAUCAACGAAAUCACGCGGGAAAUUCUGCGCGAGCGCGCGCCCGCCUUCACUGACACACACAGAGUGCUCGACAAGCCGACCACCACCGCACCCACAGAUCUAGACAAAGCGCAACGAGUUAAGGAAAACGUUGAACACGGCCCUCUUAUAUCCAGUUACACUCAUUAAUUUAUUUUUUAUUCAUACGUUUGCGAAGUGCGGUUUUCGGUUGCAAUUUUA